ACAACAGUAGUUUAAUGGCGGCCCCCUUUGAUGAGACCACUGUGUGUAUCACUCUCCUCAGCGGAGCAGCAAUGUAAUCCUUCCUCUCGAUGAACAAGAUGCAUGAAAUGGGUACAGUAGUAGUUUCUUCAAGAACUUUCAUUUUUUCAUAUACGCUUCAACACUUGAGUGUAGCUUUUUGGGGGUAAGAUAAUUGAAUGAGGAAAUUAUGGCCAUUGGAGAAUUCAUUGCUGCACUUAAAGAUAAUCCCUACUUUGGUGCUGGAUUUGGACUUGUCGGUGUUGGAGCAUUGCUUGCUGUAGCCAAGAAAGGAGCACAGUAUGGAACUAUUGCACUACGUCGUCAGCUUCUCAUGACAUUAGAAGUACCAAGCAAAGAUAAGAGUUACUACUGGUUGUUAAAUUGGAUCACAGUUAAUGCACGUAAUGCUCAACAUCUAAGCGUGGAAACAACAUUCCAACAGAGUGAGAGCGGCAAGAUUAAUACUCAGUUUGACUUUGUACCUAGUCCAGGUAACCACUAUUUCCGGUACAGGAAUACUUGGAUUUGGGUUGAGCGUAACCGAGAGAAACAGAUGAUUGAUCUGCAAACUGGGACACCAUGGGAAACAGUUACACUCACUGCUAUUGGUAGAAACAAAGGACUAUUCUUUGAUAUACUUAGCCAAGCAAGGACAAUGGCCUUACAGAAGCAGGAGGGUAAGACCAUCAUGUAUACAGCAAUGGGUGCAGAAUGGAGACAGUUUGGCUAUCCAAGGAAGCGUCGACCAUUAUCAUCAGUCAUCUUAGAUCAUGGCAUAGCUCAGGAUAUAUUAACUGAUGCUACAGAAUUCAUAGAGAAUCCCAAGUGGUAUUCAGAUAGAGGUAUACCAUAUAGGAGAGGAUACCUACUACAUGGUCCACCAGGAUGUGGAAAAAGUAGUUUUAUCAUGGCAUUAGCUGGAGAGCUUCAAUAUAGUAUAUGUAUGAUGAACCUGAGUGAAAGGAGUUUAUCUGAUGAUAGAUUGAAUCACUUAAUGAAUGUAGCUCCUCAACAGAGUAUUAUCUUACUAGAAGAUAUAGAUGCAGCUUUUAUCAGCAGAGAAGAUAGCAAUGAUGCUAAAUAUCAAGGUAUGGGUCGUGUAACAUUGAGUGGUUUAUUAAACACUCUGGAUGGAGUAGCGUCAACAGAAGCUAGAAUAGUCUUCAUGACAACUAACUAUAUCGACAGAUUAGACCCAGCUUUGAUUAGACCUGGUCGUGUGGACUACAAAGCACUUAUAGGAUAUGCUUCGAAGCACCAGCUUGAGCAAAUGUUCAUUCGCUUCUAUCCAGAGUUGGAUGUAUGUAAAGCAAAGGAGUUUGCUGAUAAAGCAACAGCGUUCAAUAGACCAAUCAGCAUGGCGGCGGUGCAAGGUUUCUUCAUGCUACAUAAAGCCGAUGGGAAUGCAGUGAUAAAGAAUGUAGAGAACAUAUGGAGCUGAUACUUGAUUUUGAAAGUAUGAAAACAAUGGUGGAAGGAAACAAGCACAACUCAUCUCGACUGGACAGGGAUAUACAGCACAGUGGAUUGGCAGUUCCUUAUUCACUUAACUCACCGAUAUCAUCUUUACAAGAAUUGCGCCAUUUUGGGAGUCAAUGCCUUUAUGUGUUGUAGUGUAGUCUGCAUUUUAGGCUACACAGCUUUAUUAAGUUGACGAGUUGUGACUCCCACAACGGGGAGCAUGACAGAAGUAUUGUGUGUGAUGUUGCUUCAAGGGGUCGAUCAAUAACAGUGAAAAACCUGAUCGUGUAGGAAUGCUGAACGCUUGAAUAAAGCCAGAUUCAUACAGGGCAAUUUUCCAAUCAGUUCGCACAGUUUUAGAAAAUGUGAUGCGAGAAAAAUUUGCUUCUGUUUCUCAAUUUGAGUGCAGUUUGAAACCUACAAUCAUUUCUUAACAAAGAACCGAGUAAAUGGAUCAACCAUAAUGUCCAAAUGUCAAACAUGAGAUCAUGUAAGGUGUAGUCUCGCAUAAAGUUGCAAUGUUAAUUUGACAUGUCAGCAAGCAUUCUUCGCUCGGUCCCCCGGUCUCAUACAAGACCACUGCCAUAAGCCAUUUUCAGAUAUGGUGUACUCAUUACUACAUGUAUAACACUGUAUAAGGUUUGUGUAGAUCUGUCUGUAUACACCCAAACCACACAGUGCAGUCCUAUAGUGGCCACCAUAUCUCAAAAGGCUAAUGACCGAUGAGCGUGUACAUUUUUUUAUUGAAAGUGAAAUUCCGUCCCAACUUUAGAAUUGUCCCAACUUGAGUGUUACAGUUUGGAAGCCCAACUAUAGACCAAUGGCACAGGACGUCACUUUCUCAAAAAGGAGGCAGAUCAUUGGACAAUAGCUGUUCUCUGUACAUAAAAUUGUGCGCGUGAUCUCAGCGUACAUGUACCUGUAGUGUUUCGGGUUAUGCAAGGGGGCUAUGGAUUUCGUACACAAUACAAUGCGCAUAAUUUUGGGUGCAAACUCUCUUUUGUAUACGAUUUUGUCACCCAAAAUGACGCCCAGGAUAGGCGCGUGUGAGUCAAUGUGCAUGUUGCAAGGGGUCUAUAGCUGGGAGUCGGAGUCAGCAAGCAUUGUUCACUCGGGCCCCACCGGUCUCGUCCAAGACCACUGGAAUGGCUUGAUGAGCUUGUAAUUUUUUUUAAUGAGAGUGAAGUUGUUCCGUCCCACUUUAGACUUGUCCCAACUGAGUUUGAGUGUUUCAGUUGGGACACUCCAACUAUAGCUGGGACAGCCCAACUAUAGAUGGGACAGCCCAACUAUAGAUGGGACAGCCCAACUAUAGAUGGGACAGCCCAACUAUAGCUGGGACAGUCAACAAGCAAGGAACCUGUGGUAAUAUAGAACCAGCCAGUACUAUUACUAGUUCUUACAAUGUAUUGGAUCAUAACUACACUAGAUCGCUGGUGGUUUUAAUGUGUACAUGAAGGAGAAACACUUGCCAUGAGAUGGGGGGGGGGGGGUUGAUAUAAACAAAAAUAGGUCUGAAUUCAGAUAAAAGUCUGAAACUUACACAUGUAACAUUCAUAUUUAGAAAUAUUGUGUACAUGUAUGUGUCUCUUCGUAACCAAAAUCAAUUAUUUUGGUUAUCUACAUGAUUUACUGCCCACUGUCGAGCAAUUGUCCCAGGUCCAAGCUAUAGUUAGGCCAUCCUAACUGUAACAAUAAAUUUAGGACAGGUCCAAACUACAGUUGGGACGAUUCUUAAGUUGGGCCGAAACAACGCGAUGCUUGAAUGCAAUGAUUGUACUGCUGAUUGGCACACUGUACACAAUCACAAUAUGUAUACACCGUGAUAUACAUGUAGCCCGUCAGCCCCCAUUGCACUGCCACUGACGUCUUACCAGGGCAUAGAGUUAUAUAUAAGAACUAGAGGGCGCACUGGCCUAUAUACACGCCCCGUAUGCGCG